AUGGCCAGCUUUCUUGCUCGGCCAUGUUCCGGUUCAUUCCAGUACAACAAGUUGGUGAAUCACUACUUCUCAUGGGUACUAAUUAGCGAUGUUGUGGGCAUUUUCUUGCCACCAAAGCGCCGUCAUUGGGUGAACCUCUUCCGAGUAUCCGAGAGUUUUGUGUUUGUAUACACGACAAUAACGCUCCAUUUCCUAGAGUUGGAGGAGCCACGUCUGGCUUUCCAGUUUCGACUUGGAGUUUCCUUGGUUCGAUUGAUCCAUGCAGCAUUCCUUUUGUACAAGUACAAGACAAGUCUGGUGCAACUCUGGGCGCUCCCUAGUUGCCUCCGAGACAUCUUCCAAAGUGAAUUUGUGCUGGAGGGAACAGAAUAUGUUUUUUAUGGCUUUGUGCCUUUCUUUCUUGGAAGUAUGCUACUCCCAAACCUUUUGUACCUAUCUCACUACAACUAUGAUGUGGCAAGCUUGGAUGCUAUUUUGACCCACAUGCAAGGCAGUGAGAGUGUCAAUGUCCAUUUCAAGAAACUCAUCUUUUUGAUUCUUAUACCAUCGGCAAGGAACAGAGCUGUGGCUUCCUGGUUUGUGUUUGGUGCAUUUUCUAUUCAAUGGGUCAUAAUGCUACCAAUGUUUGCACUGGCACCAAUUCCAUACAUGCACAUUGUGGCAGAAAUUGUCUUUUUGAUGGAGGCUGUUUUGCUCACUCGAGAGUGGUGGCAUCAAAAGUCGGAAACAGGAAAGCUGAAGGACUCAAAUCAUGAAUCUGAAGAGCUAGCUACAAUUGAGAGUGAUCUUCCUCUUGUUGGAUUUGAUUGGGGUUUCACCAUACUGAUUGAAGUGGCCAACAUGGCCAGCUGCCUUGCUCGACCAUCUGCUGGUGAUUUCCAGUAUAACAAGUUGGUGAAUCAUUAUAUCUCAUGGCAGCUGAUUACGGAUGUUCCAGGUCUUCUCUUGCCACCCAAGCGCCGUCACUGGGUCAACCUGUUCCGGGCACUAGAGAGCCUUGUGUUGCUCUAUACCACAAUAUAUCUCAAAGUGCAAAACCUGGAAAAGCCAGGACUGGCUUUUCAAACGAGACUUGGGGUAUCCGUGGUUCGCUUGAUCCAUGCCUCAUCACUCCUGUACAAAUACAAGACAAGUUGGGCACAAAUCUGGGCAUUGCCAGGUUGGCUCCGAGCCAUGAUCCAAAGCGACUUUGUGCUGGAGGCAACACAGGGGGUGGCACACAUCUCCAUCACUUUCUUUCUCGGCAGUAUUCUACUCCCACACCUUUUCUACAUCUCCCACUUUAACUAUCAAGUGGCAAGUUUGGAUGCCAUUUUGACCAACCUUCAGGCUGGCUUUUGUGUCAAUGUGCAGCUCAAAAAGCUGCUCUACCUGAUGCUCAUGAACUCGGCCAUGAAUAGAGCUGGAGCUUCCUGGUUCACUUUUGGUGGAUUUGCCAUUCAAUGGGUCAUCAUGCUGCCAAUGUUUGUGUUGGCUCCAAUUCCAUACAUACACAUUGUGGCAGAAAUUGCUUUUUUGAUUGAUGCCCUUUUGCUGACUCGAGAGUGGCAACAUCACAAGCAGAACACAAAGUUGAAAGACUCGAAUCAUGGAUUUGACGAGCAAGUCCCACUGUCGAGUACCGACAAGUAA